UUAAAAAUGGGGAACACAAGCAGUGAGCGAGCUGGACUGGAGCGUCAUGGGCAUAAGGCAUCCCGAGGUGACAACUCAGGAGGAGCCAUCACUACAAAAGAGGGUGAUAGACCAAAAAUCUUAAUGGACAGUCCUGAAGAUACAGACUUGUUCCAUUCAGAGGAAAUGAAGGCUCCGUUGGAGAAAGAAGAAUUCCUAGCUUGGCAGCAAGAUCUGGAAGUGAAUGAUAAAACUCCCACUCAAGCUCGACCAACAGUCUUCCGCUGGACUGGAGGAGGGAAAGAAGUUUAUUUAUCUGGGUCUUUCAACAACUGGAGUAAAAUUCCGCUGACGAGAAGUCACAAUAACUUUGUGGCAAUUCUGGACCUGCCAGAAGGAGAGCACCAGUACAAGUUCUUUGUGGAUGGGCAGUGGACGCACGAUCCUUCAGAGCCAGUAGUAACCAGCCAGCUAGGAACCCUCAACAACAUCAUACAGGUGAAGAAAACUGACUUUGAAGUAUUCGAUGCUUUGAUGGUGGACUCCCAAAAAUGUUCAGACAUGUCUGAACUGUCAAGUUCACCCCCAGGACCAUACCACCAGGAGCCCUAUGUUUGUAAGGCAGAGGAGCGCUUUAAAUCACCACCUAUUCUUCCCCCCCACCUGCUGCAGGUCAUCCUGAAUAAGGACACAGGCAUUUCUUGCGAUCCUGCUCUACUCCCUGAACCCAACCAUGUCAUGUUGAACCACCUCUAUGCACUUUCUAUCAAGGAUGGAGUGAUGGUGCUCAGUGCUACACAUCGUUACAAGAAGAAAUACGUGACUACUUUGCUGUACAAGCCAAUAUGAACGACGUUGUAGCUUGUGACCAAUUGUUCUGGGCCAGUGCAGUCUCAGAAAAAAAAUCCUUCUCUUAACCAAACGUACCCCUGCUCUGUGCUGUAGCAAAUGAACUCUGACUUCAUGUUGUUUCUGAGACUUCCAGGUUCUCCUAUAUUUGCCUUAUUUUCC